AUAAAAACAUUACUGUGUAUAUAUAAUUGAAGUUGUGUCUAUGAAAAUUUCAGAAUCUUGAUUUCAAGAAAACGGUUUGAAAAUGUAUCUGACUCGGAGAAUGCAGAGUGGAGGUUUUGCGGUGUAUAGGCAGAGCCUUGCGGAGGUCUUACAAAUAUACAACAACGUCGAGAGGAAGACGUCUAUGAAUCCAUAUCCGGCGAUUAUUCGAUUUGGGAGAGACUAUCAUAACCAAAUGUGUCCUCAAGGUCUCAAGUUAUCAAGUCCGGUUAAUGCUGGGAGAUACUUAAGCAAUGUUUCCAACGACUCCAAGAUGCAACCUUCUCCUCCAAGCCAAUGGUUUAAUUUUCCUUUUUGGGGGAGAUGGGUUAUAGGUUCAGUGAUUUCCUUCGUGUUAUCUUUCUGGAACAACAAAAGGAUACAGAAACUCAAACGUAUCGAAGGAGAGGCGGGGUUGGUUGUAGAAGGGGUAGAGGCUGUAGCAGAAAUGGUGGAGAAAGUGGCGACAGCGACCGACGAAAUGGCUGAAGCAAUGGCAGAGAAACUACCCGAGAAAAGUAAAAUGAAACAAGUAGCUUUGGUUCUGGAACACAUUUCAGAAGUUGCUGCUCAUGAAGCACAUCUAACCCAAGAUUUCCUUCACAAGGUGGAAAAAGUCACGCAAGACUUGGAUGACUUAGAGCAAAUGAUAGAGCCUUUGAUAAACAAAAAAGUGCCAAAUGCUGAAACAAAGCAAUUACAAGCUAAAGAAGAAGAAGCAAACUCUGAGUCGCCUUCACGCCACUAAUCUCUUCAUCAUCUUACUUUAGACGCUAACAAAAACAAAAACAAAAAGAAAUUAAAUAAAACUUCCUCAAAACUAUGUCUAUUAUUAUUUUUAUUUUUUUUCAUUCUUCUAAAAUAUAUGUUUAUAUUAUCAAUGGUAAUUUAUCUUUCUAAACCAAAACCAUUUUUUUUUUAAUGAUUUGGUGUAUUUCUCUCUUCUAGGGAGAAUGUUGUAAAAGAGAGUGAUUUGCCUCAAUUAUCAAAUACCAAACUAAAUGAUUUGCGAUU